AUGUUCGCGACAAAGCAGGCUUCCAGCUUAUGCAAAAAUGUCCGCUUCUUAUCAAAGAGUCAACGACCACUUCCUAAUGCAUGUCCACCACCAAAAUAUACACUAGCAACUGUUCGUGCAUUCCCAUCAUUGGAACCAUUGACAUUUGCCCCAGUUCCAACUUCCGUUUUAGAUGCACCAUUGAGAAGGGAUUUGAUAUGGCGCGCUGUUGUGUACGAAAACGAUAACAAACGUGUGGGUGCAUCUAAUCCACCUGGUAGAAGCGACGUAGGCUACUCGAGAAGAAAGAUCCUUCCUCAAAAAGGUUCUGGUAUGGCCAGAGCUGGUGAUGCAAACUCCCCUAUAAGACACAAUGGUGGUAGAUCUUUGGCUAGAACCGCUCCAAACGAUUAUACUACUGAUUUACCUAAAAAGAUUUAUUCUCUAGCAUUCAAUAACGCUCUAAGUUAUCAAUACAGAAACGGUAAUGUCUUUGUCGUUGGUUCAGGAGACAGCGUCUCUCCUACUAAUGCACUAGAUUUGAAUGAUCUGGAGGUUCUACCCACAAGCCAAGACUCCCAGGAUGGAGAGAUCGUAUUCGAGAAGUUUUUGGAAUAUCACAACCUAAACGGUAAGAAGCUUUUGUUCGUUAUAAAUGAACCAAGAGUUGGACUUUUCGAAUUCAGUGAAAAGUUCAAAGAUAAGGUGAACAUUGUCCAAAAAGAAUUCGUUAACGUAAAUGAUAUUCUUAAAGCCCAAAGAAUCUUCAUUGAACUUGAAGCUUUGGAGUUCUUGGCCAUUAGUAACAACAUUUAA